CCCGCCCGUCCGCCCGCCGAGGCCUCGCGCUCCUCGCCAUUUUCCAGCCGCGCUCGGACGCGGGUCGCGGCGGCGGGGAGAGGCGGAGCCGCGAGAGCGCGGCCCGGGCCGGCCCCGCGGGGCGGUCGCGGCCGUGACGGCGGCUCCCGGCCCCGGCUCCCUUUCCUCACCCCUCCCGCCGGAGAUGAGGGGAAGAUGUCCGUGUCAGGGCUCAAGGCCGAGCUGAAGUUCCUGGCGUCCAUCUUCGACAAGAACCACGAGCGAUUCCGCAUCGUCAGCUGGAAGCUGGACGAGCUGCACUGCCAGUUCCUGGUGCCGCCGCCGCCGCCGCCGCCGCCGGGCAGCCCGCACUCGCCGCCGCCGCCGCUCACACUCCACUGCAACAUCACGGAAUCUUACCCGUCUUCUUCACCAAUAUGGUUUGUGGACUCUGAUGACCCAAAUCUAACAUCAGUUCUGGAACGCCUAGAGGAUACUAAGAACAACAAUUUGCUUCGUCAGCAAUUGAAGUGGUUGAUAUGUGAACUCUGCAGAUUAUAUAACCUUCCUAAGCACCUGGAUGUUGAGAUGCUAGAUCAACCACUACCCACGGGUCAGAAUGGGACAACUGAAGAGGUGACUUCAGAAGAGGAAGAGGAGGAAGAGAUGGCUGAAGAUAUAGAAGAUUUGGAUCACUAUGAGAUGAAGGAAGAAGAGCCUAUUAAUGGGAAAAAGUCAGAGGACGAAGGGAUUGAGAAAGAAAAUUUGGCAAUAUUGGAGAAAAUCAGGAAGACUCAAAGGCAAGACCAUUUAAAUGGUGCAGUGUCCGGGUCAGUGCAAGCAUCAGAUAGACUCAUGAAGGAGCUCAGGGAUGUCUACAGAUCACAGAGCUACAAGGCAGGGAUUUAUUCAGUGGAACUAAUAAAUGACAGCUUAUAUGACUGGCAUGUCAAACUACACAAGGUUGACUCUGAUAGUCCUUUGCACAGUGAUCUUCAGAUCUUAAAAGAAAAAGAAGGCAUAGAAUAUAUUUUGCUUAACUUCUCUUUUAAGGAUAAUUUUCCAUUUGAUCCUCCAUUUGUUCGAGUGGUGUUACCUGUUCUCUCAGGAGGGUAUGUGUUGGGUGGAGGAGCAUUAUGUAUGGAACUUCUUACAAAACAGGGCUGGAGUAGCGCCUACUCUAUAGAAUCGGUCAUCAUGCAGAUCAAUGCCACCUUGGUGAAAGGCAAGGCCCGAGUGCAGUUUGGAGCAAAUAAGAAUCAGUAUAAUCUAGCACGGGCCCAACAGUCAUAUAAUUCCAUUGUACAGAUACAUGAGAAAAAUGGCUGGUACACACCUCCAAAGGAAGAUGGCUAACUGCACUGACAUAAGUCUGGACCAAUGUUGCUUUAAAGAAAAUCGUUCCAACGUGCAGACAUAAGCUUUUGAGUGCCCUAUAACAGCAGUACCGAAGACAUUAGCUAAUAGAUCAUUUAGUGGAUAAUCUGUCAACUGACAUCCAGAUACAGCCUUUUCAUUUUUCUCACUUUAGGUAUCUUGGACUGAACAGUGGGGCCUUUACUGUAUUUUUCCUGAUAAGUAUACACAGUAGCCACUCCCUACCACCUCUUUCUUGAAAAGUGAAAUCAAAGCAAGCAGGGAAGUCCACAUAAGUUUACUGCAGCUGUGAAUUUACAGUUACCUUCCUAUAUUGAGCCUAUGGGGUAUGAAGAUUUGCAAAAUCCUGUUCAUUUAGAGCCAAUAAAAGUUAACUGAUGGUCAAUACUGGUUUAGGAAUUUUAGGUCUUCUCAACCAUAGCAUUUUUCAGGUCUGAAAUCUUUUUAUUGCCAAAAUUAUGACAGGAAGCCUCUUCAUUAAAUUGUUAACUUUUUCAUGUUUGCGUGAAGGUUUGAACUGUUUCUGGAAGUAUGAUCUUAGUUGUAUUGUAUCAUAUUAGGUAAAGCAAAAUGAGCCAGCCAUUUGUGAGCAGUAAUUUCCACUGGGGUGACAGAGUCCUGCUGGGCUGAACAUUACUUGGGAAGAGCCACAGUGUAGAGCCUAGCCUGAAGGUCUAAAAUAUGAGGUCAUUUUACCUUUCCACUUAUUAACGGGGUGUUGCAAUUGUUGAUAAACUAAUACACUUGUGAAGUGAUUGGCACAAAGACAGAUUCCUUGAGCAAAAAUAUAAAAAAUAGCUAAAUUGGAGACCCUGAAUUUUUUGCUAUAGUCAUAUGGUGGCUUUUACAUCAAAAGACCAGUAGGAAUUCAGCAUAUGUUAAUUCUUUUAUAAAAUGUGACACAAAUCAAUGUAUUUUCCAUUUUAUUGCCUUACCUGAAUCAGCCCUCUUUGGUUGGUAAUAUUUUUUUAAUCCAAACUUUGAUUUAAAUAUAAAUUCCAGUUAUUAAGCACUUUUGAAAAGAAACCCAGAAGCACAUUUUCCUGCACAAACCAGUACAAAGUUUGUUUUCUUUUUGUUGUUGUUGUUGUUGUUUUUUAAGACAGGGUUUCUCUGUGUAACAGCUCUGGCUGUCCUGGAAUGUGCUUUGUAGACCAGUCUAGCUUGGAACUUACAAAGGAGUGCUGGAAUUAAGGCAUGUGCCGCCACCACCCAGUUCAAAAGAUACACACACACACACACACACACACACACACACAUUUGGUUUGAGAUUCAUUUUUUUUUUUAAACCAAAUUCAGGAAACUUGGCACUUGUGCAUUUUGUGUGUGUCUUUAAUUUCUCAUGAUUCUAUUCCAUUGGUUAAGAGGACAGGACAGGUUAAGGUACCUGGUAUUCUCACUCAUUUGGUUCCCUUUAAAUAAGUGAUCACCAGUGCUCAGAUAACAAGUGACAAGGCAGAAUUCUUCAAAGCAUCAGAAAGUUCCUUAAGCCUAAGGCAAAAUCUUGAAUGCAUUAUUGAAUUCUUUAGUAUCCUAAUGGCUAGCAGAAUGACAGCUGCACAUUUGGCAUGCUUUGUCUUUUGGAUUUUAUUUUUCAUUGCAGAUUUAUUUGGCAAUGUACAGUAAAUUUUGUAAACUUGCAUCAAGUUUAUGAAUAAAGAACCAUUUAAAAAUC